GUCUACAGUCCAACAGGCAGUUUACAGAGUCAGUUUAGCACAAUGUCCUCAGUGAAAGCCUGAAGCUUCAGUGCAGGUGGCAGGCACUAUUUGUUAAGGAAACCUCAAGCUUUGGCAUUGUAACUGAACAUGCAUCAACAGGUGUGUGACAUCUGAGUGUGUGAGGCUCCAAAAGUGACAUGAAAGACUCCCGCAGGUUGAUUCUGCAGGAUUUGUGCCAGUCGCCCCUGUGCCAUGCCACGCUCGUUUCUCGUCAGGAGUAAAAGGACUCUGCUCGGCCCGUCUACGGGCGCCUUCAGGCGACGCUCCCAGAGGGCAGCUGACCAGCCUGGGCAGCCUGCAAUGGGGCAGGAUAGGAGGCGUCCUGAGGAUGAUGUGCAGCCUUCGGCCCCUGUGUUGGGGGUACUACAGCCGCUGGCUGAAGCCUGCCCACCGUGGGAUGGGAUGUCAGACCGGCUCAACAGUGACGACCCCUGGACUUCAGCAAAAGUCCCUGUGGAAAAGGGAGACGCUGAUGUGCCGUCACAAAGACACCAGGCAUCAAACAGAGAGAGGGAACUGGAGAGACUGGUCUUCAUGUUGCUCAACCACACAUUGCACACUGACCUCACAUCCCCGGUCAGCGAAUGUCCGCUCUGUGAAAAGUCUCUGUCGGAGGUGCUGACACCAGGAAGUGGCCCGCAGGCUCGUGUCUGCGACGCCCUCCUCGUCCCAUUGACGUGGCCACCUGUAUCCACAGACGGACCCCACCUGCCCUUUGGCUUCGGAGCAAGAGGCAGCUAUGGCAGAGCAAAGGAACGAAACUUUGGCUGCAAGGUGUGUGGAAAGGUGUUCAAGCGCUCGUCCACCCUGUCCACGCACCUGCUCAUCCACUCGGACAUCCGGCCCUACCCCUGCCAGUACUGCGGCAAACGCUUCCACCAGAAAUCCGACAUGAAGAAACACACUUUCAUACACACAGGUGAGAAACCACACGUGUGCAAGGUGUGCGGUAAAGGAUUCAGCCAGAGCUCCAACCUCAUCACCCACAGCCGAAAGCACAGCAGCUACCGGCCGUUCAGCUGCCCCCGCUGUCAGCACAGCUUCCAGCGCAGGGUGGACCUGCAGCGCCACCAGCAGGCACAGUGCGGCUAUGGAAAGUCACACCUGAGCCCAUACACCAUCCUCCAUCCUUCAGAACUGAGACUGAACAAAAACAUGGAUUAAAUAAAGCUUAAAAUGUUCAAUAAAACUGGAGCGUUUACUUAAAAACAGCUUUGUGCUCUGUUUAGUUUGACCAAUGAUGGCACAUCAAUGCAGUGAUGGUUGGAACACCUUCCCAGUAUGUGCCAGGCAGCGGUGCCCUUAGGCCAGUAUCACCCAGUCCUGUGUCAGAACCGCUUCCCUCAGAAAGUCUCAGUGUGGCUGUAGUGUGUGUCUGUGUGCAGCUGGGCUCCCGGCAGAGAUCACAUCCAUUCA